GCAACAGGAAGCGUUGCAAUAACAAAUAAUCAUAAUAAACAUUGAUCUAUUUAUGAAUCGUUUUUCUUACGAAUGUUAUCCUUACUUUUUUUUUCUUCAGUUAUUUAUUUAAAGUUUGGUAUUCUUUGAGUUUUUUUAAAUCUAUAAUCCUUUAAAUCGUAUAUGUGAACAAUUAACAUGUCUAGCUCAGAUGUUUUAGCUUGUACAGUUCGUAGAAAAAUUUUGUUUGCAGCAGUGAGUGCAGCUUGUUAUGAAGUUGGAUUUAGCUCAGCAGAGAAAUCUGCUUUAGAAACUCUCACAGAAAUGUUUCAAAGCUAUAUAGUGGAAGCUUCACGCAGCACUCGUGCAUAUACUGAACUCAGUGGUCGCACUGAAUCCCUUGUUAGUGACGUCAUGGUAGCUAUAGUUGAUAUGGGUCAAAAUAUAGAUGCUUUGGUACCUUAUGCUAAGAGACUUAACAAAAUUACGCUUCCUACACCUUCUUUCUUGCCAAGGUCAUCCAUGUCACGAAUCCUACAAGCUGGAGAAAAGAAAUCUUUACCAAGCCAUAUACCUGAAUACUAUCCUCCUUUUCCAGAUCCUCAUACCUACAUUAGAACUCCAACUCAUAAACAACCAAUUACAGAAUAUGAAAUUAUUAGAGAAAAAGCAGCCACUCAAAAGCAUGAUAUUGAAAGAGCACUCACAAGAUAUAUUGCCAAAACUGGUCCAACAAAUUCAUUGUAUCCAGAUGAUAAUUCUCUUUUUCCAUUGAUUGCAUGCAAAACAUUUCCUCAUCCAUAUAUUGCUGCACUACUGUUCAGAGAUCAACUAUUUGAUGAUGAUGAACCUGAUACUGCAGCAGCUGCGCCAUCACCACCAUUUCCACAUGAAGAUUCUGAAAAUCAGAAAGACACCAACACAGAUAAUGAUAUUAUGGAUAAUCCUUAUCUCAGGCAUGCAAAACUGCAGAAGAAGCGAAGAAAAUGAAGUUUUCUUUCUCUCCUCGAUUUACUUUUUAAAAAGAAAAACAGUCUAAAUGGCUGUUAAAUUAUUUUUGUAUCAUUUUAUUUCAUUCAUAUGUAAUUAUAUUCUAAUUCAUAUCAUUCUAAAUUUUCCUGUUUUCUUUUUCUUUUUUAAUGUUUUGUUAAUUAGUGAAAUUCAAUAAAAGAUGCUUAAUUUUUAGAAAGUUUCUAUAGAUUA